AUGCCUUCGAAUACGUGCUAUACUCUCCCCAUGCAACGUUCGCGUACUGCGCCGGCCGCAACACGCUUCACACUCGAUACCCCUUUCGCCAUGUCACGAACCAAGUCUCGCAAUCGUCGGGCUUGCAUUGAUCCUCAUCCAUCUCCUGUUCAGACUCGUCGCGCCGAACGCAAAAACUCAACACGUGCUCAGCCACACCACGUACGAGAACCCGCCGCCGUGGAAGCCGACCCCGCACCGCUUCCGGACAUCGAAGACCGCGCGGUUUGGCCUCAUGCGCGCGCACCUCCUCCCGGCGCAGGGCUGGGUGGCAACUUCGACUUGACGGACUUCGCUACGGGAAGGGCCUUCGUCGUUCUUGCCACGGCUGGCAUGCGUGGACUCACCGGCGAUAGCGGGGGUCACGGGCCCGUUAACCCAUUUGCGUGGGCUAUGAGGUUUUGA